CCCGCGAACGACGGAAUUCAAUUAAACCGGAAAAUUAUUAUAGAUUAUACAGCAGUGGCCGUCACCAUUCACCACUGAGCUCUGAGCUCCCUCCUCAAUGUCACCCCUUCUCCCCUUCCUCCUCUUCAUCUACACCCCUCCCCUCAUCGCAUCCACACCCUCGCCGCCCUCCCCAUCACGUACCAGUUACGGCCUCUCCUACUCCAUCGACUGCGGUGGCACCUCCAACUUCACUUCCAACCUCAAACGUCCAUGGCUUUCCGACCGCUACUUCACCGGCGGGGCCGUCGGUACUGUAGCCGAACCACAGCACUUCACACAACCGCAAGAACGCACUCUCCGUUUCUUCCCCCCAAACUCCUUCGGCAAAAAGAGCUGCUACUCCAUCCCCGUCCCCACCGGACGCUACUACCUUCGCACUUUCACUGUAUACGAUAACUACGACUCCAAGAUGCGGAACCCAUCGUUUGAUGUAUCAAUUGAAGGUACCCUCGUCUUCUCCUGGCGCUCCCCUUGGCCCGAACCCGUCGCGCGCAGCGGCGCAUACGCGGAUCUGUUUUUUGCGGCCACCGACGGAUUCGCCGACCUAUGCUUUUACUCCAUUGCCACAGAUCCUCCCGUCGUUGCCUCAAUCGAGAUCUUCCAGAUCGAUCCGCUUGCCUAUGAUGCUGCCACUGCUGGAUCCGACUUUGUUCUGGUUAACUAUGGCCGUCUUUCUUGUGGUUCAGCAUUAUUCGGUCCCGGGUUUACAAAUCACUCCGAUCUUUUCGGUCGCGUGUGGCAAUCAGACGCCGAUUUCCGAGACCCGAAAGUUAAAGUGAAAGCGCUAUCUUCCGGCGGCCGCAACGUGCUCGGCGGGGCACACGCGCCAAAUUAUUUUCCACCGCAGCUAUACCGCACGGCCAUCACCGUUGAGCAGGCAGGUGUAGGUCUCGAGUACCUGCUCCAGGUGGACACCAGGCUGGAUUACAUGGUUUGGUUCCAUUUCUCGGAACUGGAUUCCGGUGUCAAUGCCCCUGGGAAAAGGGUUUUUGAUAUCCAUAUCAACGGGAAAAAUGUCGCGAGGAUAGAUAUAUUCAAGGCGGUCGGAGGGUUUGCAGCGUUCGAUUGGCAUUAUAUUGCGAAGAAUCUGACCACCUCGCCACUUAGCUUGAAGCUUGUUCCGGUUGUUGGGAAGCCUGUUAUAUGCGGGCUUGAGAAUUAUGCUAUGGUGCCUUUGGAUCUUCCGAGUCUGCCUAGCCAAGCAAAUGCGAUGAGGGCGUUGAAAGAGUCGCUCAUGGUACCUGAUAGAAUGGGAUGGAACGGGGAUCCCUGUGCUCCUUCCACAUGGGAUGCUUGGGAGGGAGUUACUUGCCAUCGUACAGAAGCAGGGCUUGCCAUCACGCAGCUUGAUCUUGGGAGCCAGGGUUUGAAGGGUUACAUUAGUGACCAAAUAAGUCAGCUAUCCAACUUGGUAAGCUUGAACUUAAGCUCUAAUUCAUUGAGUGGAGAAUUGCCAUCAGGUCUUGGUCAAAAAUAUCUUACCAAACU